UGCCGACAUUCCAUGUAUGGGUGUGAUAGUGUGAUGACCAGGCAAGACUAAAAUGGGAAUCUGAUCUACUUUUGUAGUUCUGUUAUACUCUACUGUACCCUCCACAUAUAGGAUUGUUUUUCGUUUUGCUGUUCGGUUUCAUUUUGAAGUUUGGUAGCUCAGCAGUAUGCACUACACCUUCUAAUCCGAAGGACCUUCACCUACUCUUGACUCCAUUUAAACACUAGCAGCAACUGAAAGAUUGAAUUAUGCAUCAAAUUCGCAGAUAGAAUAUUGUCAUUGGCAGCUGAAAUCUAUCCAUUUCCAUAAUAAUUCUGUAAUUUGUAUGAUGUGCUUCAUAUAUCAAUCUAUUAAGAGUAUUUUUUAACUAUACAUUGUUAGUAAAUCUUAAAAAGAUGGAAGACGUAUUCAUAUUAAGUUGGGUUUAAAUAUUAAGCUUAAAAUUUUAAAAGUUGCAUAUAUAAUAACACCCUUGGACGGCUCAGCUGAGAGACAGAAUACUUUAACCCUAAAAACUCAGGAAACGGAAACGAGCAAAGCAAUGGAAGCCUCAUCCGUCCGCCGUCUCGUUGGCCUCUUCACAACUUCAACCAACCGUACCACCAGCACCGCCCUAACCUCCGCUAAACCUUCCUCCAAAGCCACGAUGAAAGAACGCAAGCUCCAAGGACUCGUCAACAAAUUCAAGCAAUCCUCCGAGUCCGAUGACUUCCGCUACAAGAGCCAUCGCAGCUACGACCGCACCGUUCGCCGCCUCGCGUUCGCAAAACAGUUCUCACUUAUCGACGACAUCCUCCAGCACCAAAAGAAGUACCAAGAUAUCUCCCAGGAAGGCUUCGUCAUCCGCUUAAUGACUCUCUAUGGGAAAGCAGGCAUGUUCGAACAUGCCCAGAAACUGUUCGAUGAGAUGCCUGAACUAAAAUGUGACCGUACGGUAAAGUCAUUUAAUGCCCUUUUAUCAGCGUGUAUUUAUUCGGAGAAGUUCGGUAACGUCGAAAAGUUGUUGAAACUACCUGAAAAGCUCGGAAUCGAGCCUGAUUUGGUUUCUUAUAACACAGUUAUCAAGGCCUUCUGUGAGAUGGGUUCUUUGGAUUCAGCAUUGUCGGUGCUUGAUACAUUGGAGAAAAAGGGAUUAGAGCCUGAUGUAAUUACGUUUAACACGCUGCUUGAUGGAUUGUUUUCGAAGGGUCGGAUUGCUGAUGGAGAGAAAAUAUGGGGAUUAAUGGAAGAGAAGAAUGUUGUUCCUAAUGUUAGGACUUAUAAUUCAAAGUUAAGAGGACUGGUUUAUGAGAAGGAGAUUGUGAAAGCUGUUGAGCUGUGGGAGGAAAUGGAGACUAAAGGAAUCAACCCUGAUGUUUACAGUUACAAUGCUAUGAUUAAAGGGUAUUGCAAUGCUGGGAAUAUAGAGCAAGUGAAGAAGUGGCACAAUGAACUGAAGAAAAGCGGUAUUUCGCCUGAUCGAGUUACUUACGUUACGCUUGUUUCAUUCCUCUGUCAGAAGUCUGAGUUUGAAAUGGCAGUUGAGCUUUGCAAGGAGUCUAUGGAUCGACGGGUCACUGCUAGGCCUGCAAUGUUCCAGACCGUGAUAGAUGGAUUGGUUAAAGAGUCCAGGAUUGAUGAAGCUAUACAACUCGUGGAAUUAGGCAAGUCAAGAUUACAUUAUAAACUGAAACUGCAUUGAGUUAAGAGUACGAAUGCAGGAGAGUUACAUGCUCGUUCUAGUUUAUCCUGUAUCAUCGAUUGCCAUUUCAUUAGGACAUUUUUACUUGAUUUGAACCUCAUUUGCCUUUGGUGAUGUGUCUGUACUUACGAAUCCAUGGAUCUGGGUGAGACCCAUGUGGUCGAAUUUUAAACUUGAAGUUGGGUUGGUGCGAGAUGGAAACCAAGACCAUUGACAGAAAUAGGACGGCCUUCUAUCUGUCUUAACCCAAAGCGUAGGUUUGGGCUUUCCACUCUGUACUAAUCAAACCACAAUUUUAGCCCACUGGUAUUAUUUUCACGAUUGCUUUGUCCGCUCCGCACUGUAUUUAUGCUAGUGUAUCUUAUGCAUGAAACGCAUGUUUUGAGAUACCUUCAACAAUCAUUUUUCCCAAAAGCCAUAGAUGAUAGAUAUGAGCCGUAUAAGGUUGACUAGAUAGGCAAAAGGUAAUGCCAAGAAUUUCCCUCCCGAGAUCCCAUUUUGCCUCUUUUAAAUAAUAUG